UCCCCUCAAGCAUUAUAACGAACCAAACCGAAUUGUUUAUAUAAAAUAGAUGCUACAGUGGCCCAUACUCUAACCUGUCUUUCUUGAAUAUACACCUGCCCUUGCAAUCUGUGCCAAAGUUAGGGCGGCGUUGGGGUCAUCAGGUUUGGAGGCGGCUAAUUGGUGCUCCUGGGAGGUCCUGACAGGUCUUGGCUAGCGGGCAUGUUUACUUUCAGGACCUGGACUCCCUUCCCUGGAUUUAUAUCGACAUCAACCAGUCGUGGGCUACCACUCUCCAAUUCACGGUAUAACUCUUCGUGUACUCACGUCUGAGUGUUCGCUACCGUGUUUGGGGCCGUUGGUCACCGGUCGCGUCCACACUUUCGCAGUGUAGCCCGGGAAUCCGCGAGACUCUCACACCUCACAUCGCGUUCACUUCGCUCCUCCCUUUCUCCUCAACCACCUUCCCACAACACUUCAUCUCUGACUAUCAUGGCGGACCGUGACGCAUCUCCCGCGUCCGACUCGUCUCAAUCGUCUUGCAUCGCCGUCGCAGUGGACGAAAAUCCCGCUCCUCGCUCGUCCAUCAGCGCGUCGCCCCCUACCUCAACCCCUCCCACAAGCCUCGGAGACGAGCACAGCGUUACUUCUUACGUGGCAAAGAUGGAGACGCACGUCGAUGUCCAAGAAGAAGCUUCGGUACCUCAAGAAAUUAUCGAAUCGCCAGACACGCCGCAACCGACUCCGGAGGCGCCGCAGAGCGAGGGUAGGCGUUCCGCGCGCCGCUCUCGCGCGUCCGUCUCAACUUACAACGUCCAAAUCCUCGCUGGAACCGCGAUCCACACGCCCACGAAAUAUCUAGAGAAGCAUCACAAGAAUGUUUUACACGGUCCGGCCCCCACUCCCGCGAAUAACGAGGUCACUCCUAGGAAAAGAGGCAUUAAAUCAGAGCCCAAGGAGUUCGAUGACCCUGCGGAGGAACAACUUGCAACGGAAGCUGCGCAGGCUGCACAGCGACGUAAAUCGUCGCGUGUCGACCUUCGCCGUGAGGCAAUCCGCAAUUUGGCCGCGGUCGGAGAAGCUGUGGCGCACAAGGGACCAGGGCUUCUGUCUGGCGUGAAGAACAAGGUUCAACACGCUUUGAAGAGCAACACAGUCCGCGCAAAGGACACCAAAAAAUCAACACCAAAGUCAUCACGCAAGCGUCCUCGUGCCUCCAAAGCCGCCGAGACAGAAGAGGAGACCGAAGAGGAGGACGAAGAAGAGGAAGAAGAGGAGUAUGUUGUGCCCGUGACGAAAAAAUGGCUUCAGCAAGGUCUGUACGUCGGGCAACACCGCGAUUUCGACGCGAGAUUGUCUGAAGCUCAGAACCGAAUUCGGAGGCGAGCAAGUAAGAAGACGGAGAACAAGCACCUGCCCCUUCCUAUGUUUGCUGGCGAACGUAUGAUGAGCGGAGACUUUCAACGUGACUUCAAACUUCCAUUCGAUGUUUACAAUCCACUACCCCGCAAGGUGAAAGUGGAUGGUUGGGGAAAGUUAUCAAAGAAUCGAUUCAUUGGCGAGGCUUCCUCAUUGUGGAAACAGGAGAAGCAAGACAACUCCACCUGCUACUGCGAGCCUGAAGACGGUUGCCUCGAGACCUGUCACAACCGCAUCAUGGCUUAUGAAUGUGAUAGCACUAAUUGUAGACUCACUCCGGAGCAAUGUGGCAAUCGUCCCUUCGCGCAACUUAAAAAACGCGCCAAGGGCAAUGGCUACGAUUACGGUGUUGAGGUACAGGAAACGGAAGAUCGCGGCUACGGUGUUCGGGCCAUGAGGACCUUCGAGCCACACCAGAUCAUUGUUGAGUAUGCCGGAGAAAUCAUCACCCAGGCUGAGUGCGAGCGACGCAUGAAGCAGAUUUACAAGAAAGACAAAUGUUACUAUCUCAUGAGCUUCGAUAAUAAGAUGAUUAUCGAUGCCACCCGUGGAACCAUCGCACGAUUCGUUAACCAUUCUUGUGAGCCGAACUGCGAGAUGAUCAAGUGGACCGUGGGUUGUGAACCCCGCAUGGCUCUCUUUGCCGGUAGUCGCGGUAUCAUGACCGGAGAAGAGUUGACCUAUGACUAUAAUUUUGAUCCCUUUUCCUCGAAGAACAUCCAGGAGUGUCGCUGCGGAACGAGGUCAUGUCGUGGUGUUUUGGGACCAAAACCAAAGCACCAGCCAACCCAGGAGAAAUCAAUGGUGUCCUCCUUGGUGGCGGGCACAAAGCGCAAGCUACAGGAAGUAUUUGGGUCAGGUCGUGGCUCUCGUAGCGCUCCAAAUUCUCCGAAGAAGCGCAAGAUCAGCGCAAUUGGGUCUGCUGCUCUGGCCAAGGCCAGGAACGCCCUCGCAGAGACUGCUGCCGUCCGCUCUCAAGCUGAGAGGGACAAUGCAGAGGUCGCGGCUCAGAGAGCCUCUCGUGAGAACCGAGCCCUGCGAAGGUCGUCAUCGAUGACCUUGUCAUCACGACGUUCGCUAAUUCGCAAGGCUACCCGCCAUUCUUUGCCUUCGCUCACGGCAUCUCGCCAGACCACAGUGAGCAUCAAACGUCGAACCCCCAAGCCCAUGUCAAAACCAGGAGCCUUGAAGCCCAUCAAAAGCCUUCAGUCAAUGCUAAAGCGCAAUACGCCCACGCUGCAAGCAAAGAAACUCCUCCCGGCUGCUUCUAAGACCCCGGGCAGUCCUGCCAAAGACGUGGACUCUGAUUCAGAUGGCUCACCCAAUAUCACACCUGCAUCUCUACGGAGCGCCUCGAGAAAGAACUUUACGCAGUCGAAGCUCCCCUUCAAGCCUUUGAAGUUGGAUGGUCUGUCAACACCAGAAGGGUCGGAUUCCAUGGCAUUUCCAGAAUCUGACGAUGAGGAUGCCGCCAAUGAGUUCGGCUCAGUGGCCAAUGGUGGAAUCAAGGGGCCCAAGUCGCCCAAGUCGCCCAACUCUCGCAAUGCAACUUCGGUCAUGAAGAACACUCUAUCACGCAGCAUUCGAGGUACUAAGCGCGCUGUGGGUACUGCGAGGGCCAUUGGAGAGGGUCCGAGUAAGAGCACUAUCCGCAUGAUUACUGGUGUCGAGGCAUGAGCGGGUGGCUUCGUUCCCUUUUAUGGAGAGAUUUGCGCAGAAGGAGAUGUAUUCUGAGACAGUAUGGUAUAUGGUAUUUGUUUUACGAGGGUUUGACGUACACACUGCAGUCUAUUCAACAUUCGGUUCCAGGCGUCACAUGUAUGCAAUUGUGCUUGACUUUGUAUACUGGGAGCAUACGCUUUACAUGCAUAUGUGGUACGGAGCAUAGCGGUGUUCUAUUCCAUCGUUCCAGUCGAUUUCCUUGUUCUCUAUGGGGGGCAGCUGGGGAGGUUGGAGAUGAAGAUGACGGUGGUGACCUUCCUUUCCUUUCCCUUUCCUCUUCUAUGGAUGGUACCUGUUUAUCUUAUUCCUAUUUUCGAUUGCUUUUCCAGGCAUGUUUGGGGAUCGUUCGCAAUGGUAGCUUUGCAGUAUUAGUUUCCAGAAGUUUAGCUGGGUAUGUCCGCGCUCUAUAAUACAAAAUAUGUUUAC